CUGCUGCUGCUGCUGCUGGAGAAAAUCCACUCCAGACAGAUACAUUUCCUCCUCUUCAGCACGACCGGCUGCUUUAAAACUUCAAGCCCAGAGUCUUUUCUUCCACUCUCCACGCUGACUUGACAUCAGAGAGGAGGAAGCUCUCCAGACUCUCCGAGCUCAUCCUUUUGUUCUCUGCAGAAGGCAUUCCCUUUCAUGUCUUCUGAGACUUCUUAAGGACCCCAAGAGGAAGCGGAAACUGUGCAUCUGCAGGUCAGAUGUUAGAUACUGUGAGUCCAAAGUUGUUUUUACAGCUAGUUUGAGAUUCAGGGUUUUUGUCUUGGAGUACAUCUGGUCCGUUUCAUCCCAGCCUGCGUUGUCUUUUCUUUGGAGAAAUGAGGGCUGAGGUGCUGGUCGUCUGGGUUGCUUUGACCCUGUGCUGCGCUCUGGUGUGCGCUCGAGAAGAUGUGAAGGAGAACAAACUCUCCAGAGACCAGACUCGGGUGAGAGAAACCCGAGGACUGGUCGAGCAUAGGAGACAGGGGGAGGAAGGGGGUGUUGAAAUGUCAGACGAGCCAGCUGAAGUGGUGGAAGAGGAGAGGACAAAACCAAAGAAGAAGAAAACAGCUGAGGAAAUUGAGGCAGCCAGGGCAAAGAAAGCAGCAGUGAAGGAAGCCAAAGCAAAGAAGCAGAAAGCCCCUAAACCCACCAAAAAGCCAAAAGCGCCCAAAGCCACCAAAAAACCCAAAGCACCUAAACCCACAAAGAAGCCAAAGACACCCAAAGCCACCAAGACACCAAAGUCGACGACCACAGUGUUACCUGACACCCGGCGUUCUUCUGUGGACGAGGAAGAGGAGAGGCUGCUCAUUGAACUGGGCUGGGGCACCUUGAUUCGACCUGCUGUGACCCCAAAGGGGCCCGCAUGGGAAGAGCCCGUCGAGCCAGGCCUGGAUGUGAUGCCAGGUGGAUAUCCUGAUAAGAAAAAAGUCACAACUACUGAGGUCAUCAUGUAUAUACCAGAGGACACCACCGUCCCAUAUGUCGGGCCCUGGUAUGAAGAGUACGAUUACGCAGACUUGGCCGCGAAGAAGCAAGAAGAAGAGGAGGAGAUAGCUCGAAAAGAAAAGGCCGAAAAAGCUGAGCGGCUGAAGAAGAAGUGGGAGGAGGAGGAGGAGGAGAGACUGAAGCAGAUUUCAGUGCCUGUUGAAAUAAAAAUGUGUCCUCCUCUGGGCUUGGAGUCUCACCGGGUGGAAGACGACCAGCUGCUGGCUUCCUCUCAGUCUCACCACGGCUUCACUGCUCAGAGGGGACGACUCAACAUGCAGGGCACUGACAAUGAGGAUGACCUGUACGGCGGUGCAUGGUGCGCAGAGCCAGAAGAGAACAACCACUGGUUUGAGGUCGACGCCCGGCGAGAGGUGGAGUUCACCGGGGUCAUCACUCAGGGGAGAAACUCAGACCAACUGGAGGAUUUCGUGUCCUCCUACUUUGUGGCCUUCAGUAACGACAGCCGUGACUGGACUACCCUCCACGAUGGCUACGCUGAAUGGUUGUUCUAUGGGAAUGUGGACAAGGACACACCGGUGCUGGGUCAGUUCGCUACGCCCGUGGUGGCGCGGUACGUCCGCAUCCUGCCGCAGAGCUGGAACGGCAGCUUGUGUCUCAGAGCCGAGGUCCUGGCCUGUCAACUACCCAGCAGCUACCGCAGUGAGAAUGAAGUCACCCCAUCAGACGACCUGGACUUCAGACACCACAACUACAAGGAGAUGAGACAGAUGAUGAAGGUGAUAAACGAAGAGUGUCCCAACAUCACCAGGAUCUACAACAUUGGUAAAAGCUCUCAGGGCCUGAAGAUGUACGCCAUGGAGAUCUCCGACAACCCCGGGGAGCAUGAGACAGGUGAGCCUGAAUUUCGGUACACAGCUGGUCUCCAUGGUAACGAGGCGCUGGGUCGAGAGCUUCUUCUCCUGCUGAUGCAGUUCCUGUGCAAGGAGUACAAGGAUGAAAACCCCAGAGUGCGCCGCUUGGUGGAAGGAGUGAGAAUACACCUGGUGCCUUCACUCAACCCCGACGCUUACGAGCUGGCCUACGAGAUGGGCUCAGAGAUGGGGAACUGGGCGCUGGGCCACUGGACUGAAGAAGGUUACGACAUCUUCCAGAAUUUCCCAGACCUCAACAGCAUCCUCUGGGGAGCGGAGGAUAGAGGCUGGGUCCCUCGUAUCGUGCCCAAUCAUCACAUUCCCUUCACAGAAGACGUCCUUAAUGGCUCUUUUGCUACCGAAACAAAAUCCAUCAUUACCUGGAUGGAGCGCAACUCAUUUGUGCUGGGAGCCAAUUUGCAGGGAGGAGAAAAACUGGUCGCGUACCCUUUUGACAUGCAGCGUCCAUCAGCUUCCUUUACGGAUAGCCGGCGCUGGAGAGGCAACGGUGAGAUGAACGAGGAGACGUGGGCUCGCAUUCAGCGCCAGAACGAGGGAUCUCUGAGAGAGACGCCUGACGACGCCAUGUUCCGAUGGUUGGCGAUGUCGUACGCCCACAGCCACCUGACCAUGACGGAGACCUACCGAGGCUCCUGCCAUGGAGAUGAUGUUACUGGGGGACAGGGCAUCACCAACAGAGCCAGCUGGGAUCCAGUGGUGGGCAGUAUGAAUGACUUCAGCUACCUGCACACCAACUGCUUUGAGCUGUCCGUCUUCUUGGGCUGCGACAAGUUUCCCCACGAGAGUGAGCUGCCUCUGGAGUGGGAGAACAACCGCGAGGCUCUGUUGUCCUUCAUCGAACAAGUACAUCGAGGGAUAAAGGGUGUAGUGAGAGACGUGGAGGGAAGUCCGCUGCCUAAUGCCACUAUAUCUGUGGAUGGAAUACGUCAUGAUGUCAAAACUGCUUUAGGUGGUGAUUACUGGAGGCUCUUGAAUCCUGGAGAGUACAGGGUGACGGCCAAAGUUGACGGCUACACCCCUCAGACUAGAUUAUGCAUGGUGGGCUACGACUCUGGAGCCACUUCAUGCAGCUUCACUUUAGCCAAAUCCAACUGGGACCGCAUCAAACAGAUCAUGGCGCUCAGCGGCAAGAAGCCCAUUCGACUCGUCACCAAAGCAAACGUGGUGAGAACGACUGCAGCCACCAGCCCUGCGACCACCACUGUCGACAGUCAUGCCAGCGGUCAGAAGGCAGAGCGGCUCAGGCGGCUCCGGAUCAUCCGUUUACGCCGGCUGCGUCAGCAGAGAUUACAAACAGGUCUUAGUAUCACACCUGCUACAACAACCACAACCACCACAACGACCACAACGACAGCCCCCACAGCAAUACCUGAAACAGAGAGAACCACUUCCUGGUACGACUCCUGGUUUCCGGUGGACAGUUGGAUGACGGAGAAUCCGUUCGAUAGCGUCAACUUUGACUCGGUGCCCACGCAGGACUAUCCUUUUGAAUACACCAUUGAUUGAUUACUACAUUCAGUGACCUCACAUCUAUGUAAACCCUGUUUACCACUUCGGUUUGCUGCAUCAUCACAGCUUUAAAAACACACAAGUUGUUCAUUAUUUAGCUCUCAGUAAGUUUUAACUGAGCUUGUGAGACUAUACAGCUCAAGUUGAAUUGGCUUCAUUAAACAGCAUGUCACAACACAGACAGGAUAUGAUUAUUACCUCUCCAUCACAAAUGUAUGUAUAUCUUUAUGUUUCUUUAAUUGGUUCACGGUGUGAUUGCUGGCUUCAGUUAUACUGAUUUAUUGUACUGCUGAAUGCAUUUGAUUAAAUGAAGUUAUUUUCUAAAUAA